AUUCCGUCCGCCGCCCAUUCGUGUUCCAGUUUCCAAUCCCCCAGAUCCUCCGACCUCCCCGCGCAGCCGUCGAAUCAUGGCCCGCACGAAGCAGACGGCGCGCAAGUCGACCGGCGGCAAGGCGCCGAGGAAGCAGCUGGCCACCAAGGCCGCGCGCAAGUCGGCGCCGGCCACCGGCGGCGUGAAGAAGCCACACCGCUUCCGCCCCGGCACCGUCGCGCUCCGGGAGAUCCGCAAGUACCAGAAGAGCACGGAGCUGCUGAUCCGGAAGCUCCCCUUCCAGCGCCUCGUCCGGGAGAUCGCGCAGGACUUCAAGACGGACCUCCGGUUCCAGUCCUCCGCCGUCGCCGCGCUGCAGGAGGCCGCGGAGGCCUACCUCGUCGGGCUCUUCGAGGACACCAACCUGUGCGCCAUCCACGCCAAGCGCGUCACCAUCAUGCCCAAGGACAUCCAGCUCGCGCGCCGCAUCAGGGGCGAGAGGGCCUGAGCGAGCGAUGGUGCUCUUCGUCAGCGUUCUUUCGAUUUCUCUGGCCUGUCGCCUUGCUAGUCUGCUCUGCUACAACUGGACUGGGAAUCGUUUCUUGCCGGCCUGGUUGGUGUAUCUUGGUAGUGCUCUGGAUGUUGGCCUCACUCGAAUUAAAUGGAAAAAUGAUCUGGGUCCCGUUCCCUGAAUGGCUGAA